AUGGUCAGGACCAAUCCGAUCCCGGAGGGGUUGAGAGAUCGCCCGUUCAGCGAGCAGGCGGAGGCCUUGCCAGCGCGGGAGGCGCUGCGGGCGGUGCUCUCGGCGGCCCCGGGCUUCAGGGAUGAGACCCCCGACCCCGUGACCUUUGCGACGGGGCUGUUGCCCCUAGCUAACGCGAUAUUUAGAGGGGACAUGCCCCUGGAGGUGAAUCAGUUUUCGCAGGGGGAGCAGAUGGAGUUCGUCGGCCAGGCGGUGCACCAGUUGGUGCGGGAAAACUAUCUGCAGCGAACAGUUUUCCAGGAUUUUGGGCAGACAUUGCUUGAGGUUACAAAAGCUGUUGAGAGCCGGGCUGCGGCGGUGAAGAUGGAGCUUUCGAUAUGUGACGAGGAGCGGGCACCUGACCCAGUCGUGGGUCAGUUUCGGGUGAACGACAAGGAGUUGAAUGCUCCUGUUCUGGGCAAGGAAAGGUAUUACGCCUCAGAAGCUCAAGGAUGCAGCAGCCGGCGGAGCGAGGCGGUGGGUGCAGAGGAGGAUGGCGACGGGCCGGAGGCGGAAGAGGAGGAGGCAAGGGAGGAGGAGAAGAUGGAGGAGGUGGAGAUGGAGGAAGAGAAGGAGAGGGAAGAGGAGGGCCAGGCUCAUCUGGAUUCAGGGGACGCGGAGGACGUUUACUUCGAAGGACGGAUGUGGGCGCUGGCACAGGCGCUGGACAGUGCCGUCGGCGACUACCCGACGGCCAAGGUCGCGUCCUUCUUUUCAGGCGCGAUCGACGGUUUCGUUCGCGCAGGCGAAGCCCUCGGGAAGGUUGAGCAAAAAGCACGAUGUGAUAGCGAUACGGACGUGGCCCUUUGGGAGGUCAUGCGGAUUAUUGAUAUCUUGACGGUGUCGCCACCAUGCGGCGAUUGGAGCAGGACCGGGAGGCAGCUCCGGGACAAGGUCCCCAGGGGGGCCUUGUUUCUACAAUGGCCAGAUUUGCUGUUGUCAGGACCAGCCAAACCGACAGUGGUUUUACUGGAGUUUAUUUAUUUACCAGACGACAGUUUUUUGUGGUACGUCCAACUGGAUGUCCGGCCAGUCAUGCCGCGAUACCUGCAAACAGCGAGGAUUCACGGUAGUACCCGAUUGCAUCAUGACCCCGUUACCCCCCACAUCAAACCCGACGCCGGCGCCGACAGACGUCCCGACGCCCCAGCCGACGCCCCAGCCGACGCCCCAGCCGACGCCCCAGCCGACGCCCCAGCCGACGCCCCAGCCGACGCCCCUCCCGACGCUCCAGCCGACGCCCCUCCCGACGCCCCUCCCGACGCCCCACCCGACGCCCCACCCGACGCCCGCGCCGACGCCCGCGCCAACGCCCGCGCCAACGCCCGCGCCAACGCCUGUGCCAACGCCUGUGCCAACGCCUGUGCCAACGCCUGUGCCAACGCAUGUGCCAACGCCUGUGCCAACGCCUGUGCCAACGCUACCCAAGCCAACGUCCUCGUGGAGCUAUGUGAGUGCUUGCGUGCAAACUUGCGUCACUCCGGGGUGGCAGCUGUCCACGCCGGUUGGAGAGACAGAUGCGCUGCUCCUCACACAAGUUUAGCUUUAUCGAGAUGGCACAAGCUUCGUCGGCAGCAUGAUAUCCAGGUCCCCGAAUCGUAUGCCUGCUUCCCUCGCCCUUGCGCUCUUGCGCUCUUCACUGUUUUAACAGCCCUUGCUGCUACCUACUCACCCGAUUUCAGACGCGGCUGCGAGCAUAUGCCUGCUUUUUGCGCUCUUCACUACGCGGCUGCGAGCAUAUGCCUGCUUUCCUCGCCCUUGAAGCUCUUCGUUGUUGCGACAGCUCGUGCUGCCGCCUACCCACCGGCCGGCGCGCGCGUACUCGGCCACCCGAUUCCCGACACUCUCACCUUGGCAGCCGGACCCACCGUUACCGGGAGCACGAAAAGAAUUCUCGAAAUAGGUCUCGAAAUAGGACACGCAUUUCCCCUUGGCGGCGCGCUCCAACGUACAUCGAAUACUGAUUUCGCUGACACCAGUCGCACAACCUCAAAGAAGCGUCGCUUCGUGCCAAAGCGAACCACCAUGUCUUCCUCCGAGGCCGUCAUGGUCUCGCCUGAGCAGUGCGCGACUGCGCCCAAGACAGCGCUUUCCAAGGAGCUUGCACCGACCGAGGCGCAGUCGAGUUCGACUCGCUUGGUACUCUUGGCUGUGCUCGCCUUGGCCGCGGCGACGGGUGCCAUGUUCGGCGUCGUCGUUUUCGGCAACGAGUUCACCAAGGACGUACAUCCUAAGGGCUCGUCGAACAUGAACUCGGUGACACUCGUGGACGUGAACGAUCGAGCUAUCGCCACGGCCGACGUCGAGUCUUACGUGUCGCUCCUCGACCUGCCUCUCCUGGGCACCGCGGAGCUCAACAAGGUCGAUGGUAUCACCUUCAGUACCUUCAAGGGCAUCGAACACCACAAGGUGACGGGCUACUCCUUUACGAGGGAGACCGCCACCGUCGGCGACUCUACCGUCGAUACCCCGCGGCUCUCGCUCCGCUCUGCGCCGGGCGUGACCAUCGAGAUCUCCGUGCGGGAUUCCAAGGCGUGGGUGCGCGAGGAGGACGGACACCUCAAAAUUGAUACGGCCAUCGAGACAACGUCCACUCGACGCCUGUCCAGUGGCGGGAGCUGCCUCGCCAAUGGCGCGUGCUUGUACUCUCGCGACGAGCUCCUCAGCCUCGAUGCCGAGACGCGCCGUCUCUCCGAAGGCAGCUUCUUUGCGCGCGCUGACGUCGCGGCAUACCAGGUCGAGCUUGGUGGUGAUGUUCUCCCGUACCUGCCCGCUUCGGACGACGUUGUCUCCCUGCUUAGUGGCUACUACAUGGCCGAUGGUCACCGCAUGUCUGUUAAGAUUUCGAAGUCGGCCUACAACACAAACUUCCUCCUCGUCAACGGCACCUCCGGGGACAGCAAGCUUAUGAGCCGCAAUGGCACGUUUGAGUUCGACAAGUACUCGAACAUAGUUGGCUGCAACAUCCCGCGGAAGAGCACCGAUAUGUUUCUCUCCUCCAUGGACUUGAAGUCGGUGGCAGAUGAUGCUGAGAUCAGCUUCGUCAAGGUCAAUAUCGCCUACUCGGCGACCGAGGAUGACUUCAUUCCGCACUCGGGACUCACUGAGUCGACCUGUGUCGACUUUGCCACCCGCAAGUCCAAUAUGACAUCGCCCGAGUACAUCUGGGGCCAGGUCGAUGUGGAUGGCAACACGCGCAAGCUCAUUGCUCAACAACAUGUCAGCCGCAAGGCGCGGCACGCGCAGAACAGGCGCGAAGCCGCCAAUCUCAUGUUCGGGGACAACGAGUGGAACCGUGAGCUCAAGCGACGGUACGAUGAGGGUCACCGGAGCAUGGCGGACGUGUGCCCGAGCUGCGAUUACUCGGUUUCGACAGCCCAGACGCAGACCUACCUAACGCACUUCGACCUCUGGCUCGCCACUCGUUUGGCUGAUCCUCUCUUCAUGCACAGCCUCACCUACGACUCAGUUCCUGAUGCCGUAAGUGACCUUUUCGCCGAGCCGAAUUCCGGGAUCGAUUUCCAGUUUGUGAUGGAGAUGGCCGGUUCCCAGGGUAUUUCUCAGACGUUCGCUAACUGGGCUCAAUUCUCCUAUUUUGGUUACCAAGAUGUCCCGCUUGAGAUCUUGAAUGAUGAGCCAAAGAUUUACGACGACGACACCAUGAUGUCCAAGGGGUUUUUCCACGCCCUGCUUGGCGGCACGUGCAACGGAGGAUAUGACAACGGCAACUGGGCCAUGGACAGCAUAGAAAUGAGUGACGUAGUGUUUGCGUGCAGCAAUUACGAAAGUGAUUUUCUGGGAGGCCUCGCACCACCAAUGCGCCGUCUUGACGAAGAGGAGCCACGGAAAAAACGGAAUCUCUAUGAAGCUGCGGGUGUGGACAAGUUGGAGGAUUUUAUUUUUGAUAUUUGCUCUGAGCUCUCUAAUUGCCAAGAGACUGAUGACGCCGACGAUGACCACUGGGGAUGCGCUGACUCGGCGUGGAAUGCCUUCUCCAAACUCAAGGUUGGCAACGCAUGGGCCUCGUACCUCUACAAAGACACAGUCACGGCGAGCGGUUCCUUGCGCGAGUAUGUCGUUGCGUUCCAGGGCACCAAGGCCAACGAUCUCACGAUGAUUGCGUACAACAACAACCAGAAGCCGGUCAUGGUUGGAUUCAAUGCCGACUAUAGUAUCAUCCCACACGGAUACUUCCUGUACGCGAAAGAGCUCAUGGGGUGCAUGUCGAGGAUGGUCGACGUUGGCAUGUUCUUGAUGGUAGAUGUCGGCGCGGCGCCUGCAUCUGAUUCGGCUGUUGCGGGACAAGACAGUGCCGAGCCGACCUUCAUCACUGGACACUCGCUCGGUGGGGCCCAUGAGGCCACUGAUGCCGUUUAUAACUUGGACCACGUCGAGUUUCAAGUCGGAUUCUAUCACGUGGACGGCGACUCUUUCCGUAAGUGGUUCGGGUACUGGUUUGUCGAAUUCGACAGGUAUGAAGAGUGUGUCCUCGACUGGUUCGCGUCCAUUGACACGGGUUACAUGAAGGCCGUGGUUGAUAUGCCCGCGACGUACGGGCUCGCCUUCACGUUCUCUUGGACCCACAGCACGUACGGAUUCUACCCGUUGUGUAUUUCUGUAUCCAGCUCGGGGGAUGUUUCUGCUGCGGACUCGGCCGCCUCGGAAGGAUUCGAGCUUCUCUCUGAUUGCACGUCCUCUAGUGCGGAGGCAGCUUGCGAAGAUCCCAGCGUGUCUGGAUGCGCAGCGUGGGACAUGGAGUGCACCCAGCUGUGUAUCUGCGAAAGCGGCGCGAGCGGCUCUGCGUCUCACUGCAGCAAAUUCAGCGAAGACGGCUGUGAGAGCACCUACAAGGGGGGCGAGGAAUCGUCGGCCAAGGACGAGUGGGACGCGGCGAAGGGCGGCGAGGGUGGUGAGGGCGGUGAGGGCGCUAACGCACUAGGAGUCACAACACCUGAAACUCGCGAUGAUCUGCAAGAUCGUUUGAAAAAAUCACUUGCCGACCUAGGCGUGCCGAUGCUCGAGCCAGCACCUGCUCUUGCUCACGAACCUGAGCCAGAGCCCGAAGCUGCUCCUGCACCCGAGCCUGCACUGGAACCAGCACCUGCUCCUCCUGCUGGGCCAGAGCCCGAACCUGCUCCUGCACCCGAGCCGGCUCCUGAACCGAGGCCCGAGUCACUGAAUCCGAGAGACAGUUUUCAUCUUUAUUCGAAAAAGCAACGCCAGUCCGCUAACUCGAUGAUCAUGGACAACCAAGAUGAACCUAAAGAAGCCGCGGAAUUAUAUGAAUUCCUUUUCAACAACUACGACAGGAAAUCAGCAAAACACGAGAUGAUGAUGAUAAUGAUGAAGCACCUCGCAGGUAAUCUUCGAUUAGCCAGGAAAGAACUCGGGCUCGGAGACCUCGAAACUCCAGUCCGUGUCGCGGGCGAACACGCAGAAGCCGAGAUCACUCUUGCCCGCCCCCCUCGCGUCACGCGUCGCGCCCCCACAGGGCCGCUCAGCUUCUGCAGCCCCUCGGAUGACAUGGAGUGUUUUUUCGAGACCGCCGACCCCGGGUUUCUACUGCGAACUACCCUCACUUUCUCCCCCGAAGACCCGGAACAUGCCGAACCCAGCAUCAGCGAUCGUUGA